CUUCCCAAUCCCCUUAUCUUCUUCUCUAUUUGUGUUUUAUGGUUUGUGAAUUCUGAAAGGUUUCUUCAGAAUUGCCUAUGCGUUUUGGUUAUGUAUGCAUUGAGGUUGCGAGGAGUGAUUCAGGAUUAUUUUUGUGUCAACGGAAGUAUACUCUUGAUAUUAUUUCGGAAGCAGGUUUUGCGGCUUUACCAUUGAACAAAAUCAUCGUCUUGGCCUAGCUGAUGGGUCGUUAAUGAAGGAGCCUGAGGCUUACCGCCGGCUUGUAGGCCGCCUGGUCUAUUUAGUUGUGACUCUUCCGGACCUUGCUUAUUCGGUCUAUAUCUUAUCACAAUUCAUGCAGGAGCCUCGAGUUGACCAUUGGGAUGCAACAUUGAGAGUUGUUCGGUACUUGAAGGGUACACCAGGGCAGGGUAUCCUAUUACGUGCUGAUAGUAAUUUAACUUUGCAAGGAUGGUGCGACUCAGAUUGGGCAGUGUGUCCCAUCACUCGUCGUUCUUUAACAGUUAGUCCGCUUUGCACAUGGCUAAGAAUCCGAUUUUUCAUGAGCGCACAAAGCACAUUGAGGUUGAUUGUCAUUUUGUUCGUGAUGCUAUAGUAGAUGGUGUAAUUGAACCAUCUUAUGUAUCCACUUCCUCACAGCUCGCUGACAUGUUUACUAAAGCUCUUGGGAAGCAACAAUUUGAUUUUCUUUUUUCCAAGUUGGGCAUUUUUAAUCCCCACACAUGCUCCAACUUGAGGGAGGGUGUUACGAAAAUUAAAUGUUAUACCUAAUUAAUUAAGAAAGUAAUAAUGUUCUAGCUGUUAUGUAAGUUACAAAGUAUUAAAAGUAUUAAUGUUGUAGUUGUUACGUAAGUUAGAAAGUAUUAGGAAGGUUAGUGGGUUUAGGAAACUCUUUGAUUUUCUUAUCCUAGUUGUUUCGUACGCCCUGCUUGGAAAUUGUGGGUGUAUAAAUA